CAUUCCAUCCCUUGACAGCUCAACAAUGUGGACCUACAUGAUGGCUGCCGCCCGCGGAGAUCGGGUUAACUCAAUGAUGUCCACCAGAAGACGCCCCGAAACCGAAUCCCCAAAAUACGGAUACAACCUCUCCUCCCGCCCCAUGUACCGCACCACCCGCUUCGUGGGACCCGCCUCCUCAGCGCCCGCCCAGUUGCAGCUGCCCCAUCAAUCGCACCACCAGCAGCCAGGGGCGUUGCCGGUCCCACCUCCACUCGAAGAGAUUAGGGGUGGCUUGUUCGCUCCGUUUGCGCCAACCGCAGCGAUUUCUGUCGAACAGGCAGCCAGCUCGAUUCCCUUGGGAGCGGAAACCGAUGAGCGCCUGGAGGUGCAUCAACUUCAUUAUCCACGCAGAAGUUGGCAAAGGACCCAUCGCCAUGGAAAUCAGGUUGAGGUGGAUGACGACGAGGAUGACGACGAGGAUGAUGAUGAUUUCGGUGGGGCCAAUGGUGAGGACAACCAAGAGGAAGUCAUUGCUCCGGCUGAUCUGCAGCAGCAUCGACACAAGCACCACCAGCUGCAGAACCAUCGCCACCAACGACAACAGCAGCCGCACCAGCAGCACUCCAGUGAUCCCAGCUACGUGGAAAACGGCAGAAAGCUGAUACAGACUUCGACCUUGGUCUUCAUAAUGCGAAUGUGUUCGUGCCCUGCGUAGUCGCAUUCCAUCCCUUGACAGCUCAACAAUGUGGACCUACAUGAUGGCUGCCACCCGCGGAGAUCGGGUUAACUCAAUGAUGUCCACCAGAAGACGCCC